AUGGUUCGAAGUGUUUAUUCCCCGGAAUAUUGUCUGCAAUACUUAGAACAGUAUGCUUCAAAAGAAGUUUUCGUAAUAGGACUUAUUCUUGGCCAGACGACUAAUGCACGAGACAAUGUUAUCCAUCUGGCUAGGACACCGGAGGAAAAACAAGUUGACAACGUAUCAGAAAACACAUAUAGUGUGGACAUGCCGAAUCAAGUUGAGACAGUAAGAACGUUACUGACUGUAUCAGAAGCAUGGGUAGCUGACCAUGCUAAACAUGUUACCAGAAUGCUUCCUGGUGGCAUGUUUGUGCAAGGUAUAUUUGUUACAAGUGAAGAAGAUGUAUUUGAAGAUCCAAACUGCUUCAGCAAAGUGAAAUCAAUAUUGAACCAUGUAUACAAGGCGCAGAAUAUCAAUCAGUAUAUGUAUGGCAAUUGUCCAUACAAUAAUGAAAGACUCGUUUUGCAUAUGUCUACAAGCACAAAGGUUCUUAAUUGUAAGUCUGUUGAAGUGGGGACAGGGAGUAAAAGCACAGUGAUAAAGCCAGUUGAAUGGAAAUUUUUGCCUAAACCUCAGCAAUGGCAAAGACUUGAUUGCUAUUAUGAAUUUGAUGAUGUCUACCCUGUUAUUGUUAAAAAUUGCGGCAUUUCUGUGAAGCAACAAUUUCAGCAAAUUUUGGAGUCAGCUCACAAAACCAUUGAAUCGAGUAUUAUAUUCAUAGAUGGUGAGCUCAAAGAUGGAUCAGAACUAUUAGAACAGCUUUACAAAAAGAAAAAAUCUAAAAACAAUUUAAAGACAGUACAGCAAGAGCCUCCAAAGUCAAUGAAUAUCUCCAUAUUUCUUCCUUUUGAAAAUGCAAUGCCUGAGACUGUGGAGUAUUUAGAGUGUGAUGGAAGCAUACAUUUCAGUGGAAUCGUGUCCUCCAGCGUGUUCAUGUAUCCAAAAGCAACAGUCAGUGAAGCUAUAGCAGCUGUAAAACAAGAUAUUGUAAGGUCUUUGGCCUCACGGUUCACAAUGCACUGUGAUGCGCUCAUUGAUGAUAACUUAUUGCCAGAAGAAAAAGUGUGUUUCAACGAGCCACCGCGUCGAGUUCUCGUUCCAGUAGGUUCUCUGUACCUAUGUGACUAUUUGUUCCCGGGUGAGGCCCCAGCUGAAGCUCUGCUCUCAGUACGAGAACUUCUUGAUUUGCAGAUUACUGAAACUGAUGUAGUUUGCGAUCUUGAGACGCCUGCUGAUACGUCAGAAUUCGACGCAUUAGACCGAGACGCAAGCAGUGAAGAGUUGUUGGCCACACCUCAAGUGACGAGCCAGUUCAUUAAGGAUGGGCAGUUGGCCGGUAGUGGCAGCUUGGAACCGGAGAUAGGAUUCAAGUUGGCCUUGCAUCCAAUCAACAAAACUUUAUAUGUGACCGUUAUCGGCGCCCGGCACCUUCCGUCCUUGUUUGGUUUGAGCCGUGCCCACGGAUACCUUGUUAAGGUCAAAAUCUUUCCUGGAGACAGUAGAUUCGAAACAUCACUUCAAGAAAGCUCUUGGCCAGUAUGGAAUGAAGAUUUUAAAUUUCAACUAAAACAAAAAGAUGUUAAGAAGUCGACAGAAAAAUCUGACCUUCAAAGCUUACUUGCCGGCCAUUUUUUGUCGCUUACAAUUUAUGCUUUAUUAGAGCCUCAGAAGCCAGAAAUAGAUAAACGCAAAAACAGUAGAAUCGAGACCGCAAAAAAUAAAGCGGUCGAUCAAGAUGAGCCGAAAUCAAAAACUAGAUUUUUCGAAAAAACUUUUAGUAGUUUUAAAUCGACGAAAGCAGAGGCAAUGGCAAACAAGACUAUUUUGGAGAAACGAAGAACAGUAGGGGCAGCGACUUGGAACUUUGAUUCUAAAUUAUUUCAGAAUGAUCUGAAAAAUGGUUUGACUGGGACUCCUGACAUUUGGCGGCCAAUUAACGCUAUAACAAGUGGAAUAGCUGUGUCUUCACACAGAGAGAACAAAAAGGGCCAAUUGGAAGUAACUCUUCUGUAUACAGCAAGCGAAGACGGACUCGACGAUAUUGUGCAGCUCACUGUCAACAGGCUACGAUGUAGUGUACAGACUAUGCAGCAGCAAGAACAGUAUAAUGCACCCCUGUAUCUGAAAGCCACCAUAUUGGAAGCGAAUAAAGCCGAGUGCUAUUGGAAAAGCGAUAGAUUUGCGCCAACUAUAUCUGCAAGAUGGGAACCAAAGUCUUCUACAGUGAAAUUGUCAGUCUACAAAGUCAAUUUGAAUAAAGUCAGUAUUUAUAUAACCCUCGGAUGUAAGACGAAAAUGGCGAAAAAGGAAAACUUGGGAAAAGCGAUCAUAGACGAGAAAUCUACAGCAGCUGAUAGUUGGAAACAGUGUCUUUCAGAGCCCGGUGUACCUAAAACCUUUUGGGUAGAUUUUGAAUAA